GUUAGUGAAAACAAAAUUAGUGAAAUUAUAAUUAGUGAAAACAAAGUUUGUGAAAUUAUAAUAAGUGAAAACAAAGUUUGUGAAAACAAAGUUAGUGAAAGCAAUAGUUUGAGUCCAAGUUGUUUUCGUCCUAGUGGUAAGCCAUUAAUAUCUGACACUUGUGGAAAAACCUGUGCGGACACAGUCACAUUCGAAGAACAUCAGCCGACUCAAACUGUACAGAAACAAUUUAUUUGUGGCGUUUGUGGUCAAGUCUUUACUUCCAAGGACACCUUGACCUACCAUCGACUCAUCCACGCUGGAAAGAAACCAUUCGCCUGUGAAACUUGUGGUCGAGGUUUUACAAACAAUAGCAAUUUAUCGCGGCAUCAAAGAGUUCACACACACGAAAAACCUUUUGCGUGUGACUCUUGCGGAAGGGCAUUCAGUGAUAAAUUCAAUUUGAAGCAACAUAAGAGAACACACACGGGAGAGAAACCAUUCGUUUGUGACAUUUGUGGAAAAGCCUUCCCGCUGAAAAGCACUCUUAUAAGUCAUCAGAAAGUCCACACUGGAGAAACACCAUUCAAGUGUAAUGUAUGUGGGCAACUUUUCUCUUUUAAGAGUAGCCUGACCUCCCAUCUGCGGGUCCACACUGGAGAGAGACCAUACGUUUGUGACCUUUGUGGAAAAGCCUUCUCACAUAGAACCACCCUGACAGACCACCAACGAGUUCACACUGGAGAGAAACCAUUUCAAUGUGACAUUUGUGAGAAAGGCUUUUCCCGUGCUGACUCCCUCAAAAAUCAUAAAAGAGUCCACAGUGGAGAGAGACGUUUUGCUUGUUAUACCUGUGGAAAAACCUUCAUUAAAAAACACACUCUGACGCAACAUCAGCGUACUCACACAGGAGAGAAGCCAAAUGUUUGUGACGUAUGUGGGAGACGAUUUUCUCGUACUGGCACUCUAAAAGCCCAUAAGAAGCUACACACUGGAGAGUGAUGGAAAAAAACUUU